GAGAAUUCGGCUCCUGCAAGUUGGUCUUGUUGAGAUACACCCCCAUCCUCCCAGGCUCCAGGAAUUUAAUAAUUGGCUCCUGUCGAUAAGUCAUGUCAUCCUGCCACGCUUUCUGCUCCCUGAAUGAAGCUUUUAUGCCCAUACCAGCCCUCCAACACCGCGCAGGGCCCAGAAGAGGUCCUGGUUCUUAUACUCGUUGGCAAUGACAACACCUCCCUUCAAAUCUUAUUUAGUCUCAAUAUAUGUCACAGAGUGAUUUUUGUUGGCUGGAUGUGAGGAACUUACGCAAGUAGUAAUGACCCUGAAUUGUAGCGCGUUAUCGGACGCCAUCCGUUUCCAUGGGCCGAGGAUGCUAUGACCCCCUCCUUGAACAUAUCCGCCGGCGGCGCCGACUCCAUGAGAGUAUCCCCCCACAACCAUAUGACCUUUUGCACCAAGACCUUUGUAUAGCUCCGCAAGCUGAAGCCCUGCUUCAAUUGUCACUGUGGGGCCUUGACCAUCCUGGUCUUUUGGACUUCCAUGUGGCACGAAAUUUUCUACACACCCUACAUCUUUGAGCAGAUGAGUAAAUAUUUGCAGAGACUCAGCCUGUUGAAUCUGGUCCUCUGAAUCGGCAAUGAGAGAGUAUAAAGAAACCCUUCCCUGGUGGCAUGGGAUUUCUUGGUUUUCCCUGAUCUCACAACUCUCAUUUGCUUUCGGCUUUGACUCCCAGUUAUGCCAUUGAACAGCCCCUGAAAUAAAUUGUAAGCCCCCACACCCUAGGACAGUUUAAAUAUUGACAUAUGAUGGAUGAGCAGGCAAAUACCGGGUUGAGAGGCCCUCCAAGUUGAAUUCAUCAUGGACGCCUUAACUUUCUUGCAAAUAGACGAGUUGAAAUUAGGAUCAUGGCAAGGAGAACCAACAAGAGAUGAGACGGCAUCUAGCCUACCGGAGGCAGAGGCAUUGAAUGCGUCCCACUCUUUGACCGACGGCAAGUAGGCUUGGUUAGGACGACAUCGGCAACGAUGGGAUGUGGAAGAUAGGGCAAAAGCCGCGGACAGAAGCAGAGCAGCGCAGAAAAUGAAAAGCAAUCCUAACAUUAUGAAUAAUGGGGAAAUUAUGAGAAAACGGUAUAGAGUAGUUCAAAGGCAAGAAGAGCUGCUGGAAUGAAUUGCCUCGAAACCGGAACAAUACAUUGGAGAGCCAUCCUUAUAUAGAGGAGCUCUGGCUCCAGGACAACCUGCAUCUCCACGCCGUUCAUGGACUGGGAAUCCUUCGAAAAGUGGUGGCCUGGACGUUCAGCCUCGUCAAGGGUAGUUAUCCAUUCAAUGGGAUUUCGUCAUUAAAAAAAAAAAAGAUACGGCGACAAUUCCUCGCCUGGAAGGGAGAAGUUUGCAGGUAGUAGUAGUGGUGGUUGUUAACGGAGAUAUAAAUUCUCUGACAGGGUAGUUGAUAAUUGAUACCAGGCUAUUGUAUCACCGAAGGGGCCGAUGCAAAUAGGGCUGCUGUAGCGGCUCCCUCGGCCUCAGUUUAGUUAAAGCCUUAACCAUAAGACCCCCUUUCCGUCCCGUUUCGGCCCUAGAAAGUAUAAGUUGCUUACUCCUCCGAAUAGCGGGAUCCAUUUGGCUGGCUUUCAAUGUUUGGCGGGGCAGCAACCUUAGUUCAAUGAUCAACCAACGAACUCGUCCCAGCUAAAUAAAGGUAAAUUAAUUCCAUAUCAGUUCCUACAUUUUUCUCAGCACAUUAAAACAAAUUAUUCUCCUUCAAGCCUUCAUCUCGUGGGGCUUUUUUCUCACGACUUCUAGGAUAUCCAUUCAAUAGUGCUUCCCACUCCCAUUGCGUUAUAUAUACAUCACUGUCUGUGUCUGAUCCACCAUGGCCGACGCUGAACUUGAAGAGAUCCGAAAAGCACGCCUUGCGCAACUACAGGCGCAAGCAGGACAAGGUGGAGGACCAGGCCAAGGUUCAAAUCAGGAACAGAGACAACAACAAGAAGCCGAAGCCCGCCAAGCCAUCCUAUCCCAAAUCCUCCUCCCAGAAGCCGCUGACCGUCUCGGUCGGAUUAGAUUGGUUAAAGAAGAGCGAGCGACAGAUAUAGAAAAUAGACUGAUCAUGCUGGCGCGGACGGGCCAGUUGCGUGCUAAAGUGACGGAAGAGCAGCUGAAAGAGUUGUUGAAUGCAGUUGCGGAGAAUAAAGAAGAGGAGAAGAUUGUGAUUAGUAGGAGGAAGGGUGGGUGGGACGAUGAUGAUGAUUUACUGGAUUUUUGAGGGGCGCUGGGCAAGGUGAAGGGUUGGAAAGAAGCAUAAAGAGGAAAGAGACAAUGCGAAUUGACGAAUUGAUGAUAUGACCUUUUCUUAUACGGAGGGGUUUGAGGGGAGGUAGCUGGGAUAUACUUUUGCGUGGACAGGAACUAUAUUUGAUAUCCCCUCCUCUGUUUAUGAUAUAAACUGAGUUACUAUGAAAAGCUAAACAAACGGCUUGUGAAUGAAACUGAAAUAACCUCCAGAAACUGGAGAAUAUAUAUUUGAAAUGGAGUAGAUGGUAUGGCAAUUAUACAUGAUGGCCGAAAUAUCCCAACGAAAAAGAAAAUAGUCUAAUUUCAACGCCCAAAACUCCCCCGCAAUGCAUCCUGCUGUACACAGUUAGUAUAUAUAUUACAAGAGAUCAACCAAAGUGAUCACUGGCCAUCCUUUGCUUUCGCGGCCUCCUCAGCCGCCUUCUGCCUCCGCAUCAUCUUCCGUAUCUCUCUCAGAUCUGCUGGCUUCUCAAUCCCCAACUCCUCCCUCAACUCAUUAGCAUCCCU